UGGCUUUCCCCCACGCCCUCCCCGGCCCUCGCCCGGCUCCGGCGCCCCGCCCUCUGGGCUCCCAGCCUCAGUUUCCUUCCCUUCCCGGCUCCUUCCUCCGCCGGCGGCCCUUCCUCGAGGGCGGAUGUGCGCCGGGCGGGCGAAGGCGGCGGCGGCGGCGGCGGGUCAAGAAGAUCCCAACUCUGCCCCGGAGGCCUCGGGCCACAGCCAUGCGACGCCCGGGGCGAGGCCUGGGCUGGCCGCCGGGGCCACAGGAGCUCUGGAGCCCCAGGACAAUGGACACUAUCAAUAGGAACCAAGUGGGCCCUGGAUGCAAGACCCCAGCUAUGGUGCAGAAAGGACCCUUGGACCUGAUCGAAACAGGCAAAGGGCUGAAAGUGCAAACGGACAAACCCCAUCUGGUGAGCCUGGGCAGUGGGCGGCUCAGCACGGCCAUCACUCUUCUGCCGCUGGAGGAAGGGAGGACAGUGAUUGGCUCUGCAGCCAGGGACAUCUCGCUGCAGGGUCCAGGCCUGGCUCCAGAGCACUGCUACAUCGAGAACCUGCGGGGCACCCUCACCCUCUACCCCUGCGGCAAUGCCUGCACUAUUGAUGGGCUCCUGGUCCGGCAGCCCACCCGACUCACUCAGGGCUGCAUGUUGUGCCUGGGUCAGUCCACCUUCCUCCGCUUUAACCACCCGGCUGAAGCCAAGUGGAUGAAGAGCAUGAUUCCGGCAGGGGGCCGGGCCCCUGGACCCCCCUACAGUCCUGGCCUGGCAGAAUCAGAAAGCUUGGUGAACGGGAACCACACCCCACAGCCCGCAACCCAGGGACCCUCAGCCUGUGGCAGCCACAGUUCCCUGGUGACCUCUAUUGAGAAGGACCUGCAGGAGAUCAUGGACUCACUGGUGCUCGAGGAGCCUGGAGCUGCUGGCAAGAAGCCUGCCGCCACUUCCCCACUGUCACCGAUGGCCAAUGGUGGCCGCUACCUGCUGUCCCCCCCGACCAGCCCCGGCGCCAUGUCCGUGGGCUCCAGCUAUGAGAACACCUCUCCAGCCUUCUCUCCGCUCUCCUCACCAGCCAGCAGUGGAAGCUGUGCUAGCCACUCCCCCAGUGGGCAGGAGCCAGCACCUUCCAUGCCCCCCCUGGUGCCUGCCCGGUCCUCUAGCUACCAUUUGGCCCUGCAGCCCUCACAGUCCCGACCCAGUGGUGCUCGCCCCUCUGAGAGCCCCCGGCUGGGCAGGAAGGGGGGUCACGAGAGGCCGCCCAGCCCUGGCCUCCGAGGUCUGCGGACAGACAGCCCUGCAGCCACUGUCUUGGCAGUGGCCUGCAGAGCCACUGAGAGCCCCCGGCCGGGGGGACAGUUGCCCCUGGUGGCGAUUGGCCUGAGUGAAUACCCGGCUUCCGGUGCCCGUGGCCAACCCACCAGCAUUCCUGGCAGCCCCAAGUUCCAGCCACCGGUCCCUGCUCCUCGAAGCAAGAUUGGCACGCUCCAGGACCGCCCUCCCAGCCCUUUCCGGGAGCUGCCAGGCGCUGAGCGGGUGUUGACAGCCAGCCCCUCGCGCCAGCUGGUGGGCCGGACAUUUUCAGAUGGGUCCGCUACCCGCACCCUGCAGCCUCCCGAGAGUCCCCGCCUAGGCCGGCGGGGCCUGGACAGUAUGAGAGAACUGCCUCCCUUGAGCCCAUCUCUGUCCCGAAGGGCUCUCUCGCCCAUGCCCGCCCGGACCACCCCAGAUCCCAAACUAACCAGGGAAGUGGCAGAGAGUCCCCGACCCCGGCGCUGGGCAGCCCAUGGGGCUUCACCAGAGGACUUCUCCGUGACGCUGGGGGCGCGGGGCCGUAGGACACGGAGCCCCUCACCCACACUCGGGGAGUCCCUGGCACCCCGCAAGGGCAGCUUCAGUGGCAGGCUGAGCCCGGCUUAUAGUCUGGGCUCUUUGACUGGGGCUUCACCCCGCCAGAGCCCCCGUGCCCAGAGGAAGCUCUCCAGCGGGGACUUGCGAGUGCCUGUCACUCGGGAGCGGAAAAAUAGCAUCACAGAGAUCAGUGACAAUGAGGAUGACCUCCUGGAGUACCACCGGCGGCAGCGCCAAGAGCGGCUUCGGGAGCAGGAGAUGGAGAGGCUGGAACGCCAGCGCCUGGAGACCAUCCUGAACUUAUGCGCCGAGUACAGCCGGGCCGACGGGGGACCUGAGGCCGGGGAUCUGCCCAGCAUCGGGGAGGCCGCCGCAGCCUUGGCUCUGGCCGGCCGGAGGCCCUCACGAGGCCUUGCGGGGGGCACUGGGGCCUCUGGGCGGAGCAACGAGGAGCCUGGAGGUGCCACCCAACGCCUGUGGGAGACUGUGGAGCGCUCGGACGAGGAGAAUCUCAAGGAGGAGUGCAGUAGCACUGAGAGCACCCAGCAGGAGCACGAAGAUGCACCUAGCGCCAAGCUCCAGGGAGAGGUGCUGGCCCUGGAAGAGGAGCGGGCUCAGGUGCUGGGGCGAGUGGAGCAGCUCAAAGUGCGGGUGAAGGAGCUGGAGCAGCAGCUGCAGGAGUCGGCGCGGGAGGCUGAGAUGGAGCGGGCACUGCUGCAGGGGGAGAGGGAAGCAGAGCGCGCGCUGCUGCUGAAGGAGCAGAAGACGCUGGACCAGCUGCAGGAGAAGCUGCUGACCUUGGAGACGGGCCUCCAGAAGGAGAGGGACAAGAUUUCGUGCCAGCCUGCUGGGGCCGCUUCAUCCCACAGGGGCCGUGUCAGCCACGCCCAAGAUGUCCAACAACGUGCCAAAAGCUCCGAAGUGGAGAGGGGCCACCUAUUUCUGGACUUGACAGAGAGGGCGGAGCUGGCCGCGGGACGGAGGCACCUGGAGGCCCGCCAGGCGCUCUACGCCGAGCUCCAGACGCAGCUCGAUAACUGCCCCGAGUCAGUGCGGGAACAGUUACAGGAGCAGCUGAGAAGGGAGGCAGAAGCCCUGGAGACUGAGACAAAGCUCUUUGAAGACUUGGAGUUCCAGCAGCUGGAGCGGGAGAGCCGCGUGGAGGAGGAGCGCGAGCUGGCUGGCCAAGGGCUGCUCCGGAGCAAGGCCGAGCUGCUCCGUAGCAUCGCCAAGAGGAAGGAGCACCUGGCGGUCCUGGACAGUCAGGCUGGGCAGAUCCGGUCCCAGGCUGUGCAAGAGUCAGAACGCCUAGCCCGGGAUAAGAAUGCCUCCCUGCAGCUGCUGCAGAAGGAGAAGGAGAAACUGGCUAUGUUGGAAAGAAGAUACCACUCGCUCACAGGGAGCAGGGCUUUCCCGAAGACCACGUCGACCCUCAAAGAGGUUUACCGCUCCAAGAUGGAUGGUGAGGCCACUAGCCCAUUGCCCCGGACCCGCAGUGGCCCCCUCCCCUCUUCCUCUGGCUCUUCCUCCUCCUCCUCCCAGCUCAGCGUGGCUACCUUGGGCCGUAGCCCCUCCCCAAAGAGCACUCUACUCGCCCAGAAUGGCACAAGCAGCCUUCCUCGCAACCUGGCAGCCACGCUGCAGGACAUUGAGACCAAGCGCCAGCUGGCCCUCCAGCAGAAGGUCGAGUCGCUUCCUGCCGAGCCCCUCCCAACUGACGACCCAGCAGGGCAGCAGGUGAUCGAGGAGCAGCGGCGGCGGUUGGCUGAGCUGAAGCAGAAGGCGGCGGCCGAGGCGCAGUGCCAGUGGGACGCCCUGCACGGGGCCGCCCCCUUCCCGGCCGGGCCCUCGGGCUUCCCGCCGCUCCUGCAUCACUCCAUCCUGCACCACCUGCCGGCGGCCAGGGAGCGAGGGGAGGAGGGCGAGCACGCCUACGACACGCUGAGCCUGGAGAGCUCAGACAGCAUGGAGACCAGCAUCUCCACGGGGGGCAACUCGGCCUGCUCCCCCGACACCAUGUCCAGUGCCAGCGGCCUGGAUGUGGGGAAGACGGAAGAAAUGGAGAAGAUGCUGAAAGAAGCUCAUGCGGAGAAGAGCCGGCUCAUGGAGUCGAGGGAGCGGGAGAUGGAGCUGAGGCGGCAGGCCCUGGAGGAGGAGCGGAGGCGGCGGGAGCAGGUGGAACGGAGGCUGCAGGGCGAGAGCGCCCGGAGGCAUCAGCUCGUGGAAAAGGAGGUCAAGAUGCGGGAGAAGCAGUUCUCGCAGGCACGACCCCUGACCCGCUACCUGCCGAUCCGGAAGGAGGACUUUGACCUGAAGACCCACAUUGAGUCCUCAGGCCACGGUGUGGACACCUGCCUGCAUGUGGUGCUCAGCAGCAAGGUCUGCCGUGGCUACUUGGUCAAGAUGGGUGGCAAGAUUAAAUCAUGGAAGAAGCGCUGGUUUGUCUUCGAUCGACUCAAGCGCACCCUUUCCUAUUAUGUGGACAAGCAUGAGACGAAGCUGAAAGGGGUCAUCUAUUUCCAGGCCAUCGAGGAAGUGUACUAUGACCACCUGCGCAGUGCAGCCAAGAGCCCGAACCCGGCCCUCACCUUCUGUGUGAAGACCCACGACCGGCUGUACUACAUGGUGGCCCCGUCCGCAGAGGCCAUGCGCAUCUGGAUGGAUGUCAUCGUCACCGGGGCGGAGGGCUACACCCAGUUCAUGAACUGACCGAAUGGGCCUCGUGGACCCUCAGGCCGGCCCAGGACCCAUGCCCAACUGCCUGCUGCUCCACUCGCCCUGGAGACGGUCACGCCCUGGGCCUCAGGCCUCACACAAGUGCUCCCAGAGGCCCUGGAGGCCGGAACGUGACUGGGGUUUUGUACAAGAAGUGACUUUGUAAUGUUCUAUAAGGAGCUCAUCCUGUGAGUUUCUGAGCUCCGGCCCCCUAAAGAACCGGCCAGGAGAUAAAAGUUGGGGAGGGGGCUUUGCUGCCUCCUGGGAGCCCAGAACUUGCAAUAACCCUUCAGGGUCCUGCCCCAGGCCCAGCCAGGCUGAGCAGCUGUCACAGAGGGGCCCCUCUGCUCUGACCUGGCACCUGCGCUCCCCAGCCUGUGUUCUCUUUUGUAAAGGACAAAUUAUGGUACCAGAAACUGCCAAAGAUCCCCUCUUGCCUCAGCUCCCUUUGCAGGGGCCUUGGGGGCUGAGCAGAGCCACAUUCAGAGUGGGGUAACAGCUCAGGCGGUGUACUUCUCAAACCCCGCUCUACCCCAUUGUUGUCCUGCGUUUAUAUUUUUUAUUACUUUGCUGAAGGGCCAGAGACCGAAAGUGUCAUCCUUGAGGUCCCAGCCCUAUCACCUUUUUGCAGACCCAUCACCAUGGUCACCACAGUGACGGCUUCAUCGCCAUGGUUACAUACUAAUUGCCAUGGCUCCAUGGCUCAGCCCACUGCUUCAGCAGUGGACCCAUCUGAGGGUAUGUGCCAUCAUCUCUCCAGCCCAGGCCCUUGGGCAUCUCCUGCUGGGGGGAAGGGACUGAACACCUUCUCCCUGCCCCCUGCCUGCGUCUCCAGGCCCUGAUACACAGCCUGCUGGCUCCCCUGUCCAGCCCUCCCCCUUCCACUCGUGCCUUGCCUAGAGCCAGAAGGGGUGAAGCUGGGAACUAGAGACCAGAGGAGGAGCCACUGGAUGGGAGAAGAAGCUAGACGGGCUGUCCUUGGGGUUCUGUUAUAGGGCUGAGUUUCUGACAGACAGAGGGCUGUUCAGAUUCUCCCUGAUGGAAGUCCUGAGCAGGAGAGGAAGCAGCAGAGGGGGGCCCCUGACGUCUGGUUGCCCUCCCUGCAGCCUCAGAAGGGGGAUGAAAUGGAGAGCAGAAGACCCGGCCUCCAGCUGUCUGUGCUCAGCCCUUUCCGCCUUAACACUAAGCCCACCUCCCUGUCCCCCUUCCCAGCCCUGGGCCAUGGUUGCUGGGUCCAGGCUGGAUGUUUUUCAGUAUUUGUAAGCAUCUCAGCAGAACAAUAAAGCAUUUGGACUAUG